CUCCGCUUCUUCAAACUCUUUUUUGCCAUUGUAGACGCUUUUGACCAACAAAAUAAACAUAUAACAUCCAUGUCUGCCUCCAUUACUCGCGCCUUUGCCACUCGUAUGCCCAGCCGCACCUCCGUGUUCGUCGCCGCUGCCAGCCGCCGCUUCAUCUCCAUCAAGCCCAUCUACACCGCCGAGGCCACGGCCACUGGUGGCCGCAACGGACGUGCCGUGUCGAGCGACAACGUCCUGAACGUCGAGCUUGCUCUGCCCAAGGCCCUCGGUGGCCGCGGCGAGGCUGGCAAGACCAACCCCGAGCAGCUCUUUGCUGCUGGCUACGCCGCGUGCUUCCAGGGCGCCAUGGGCCUGGCUGCCAGCAACCUGGAGGUCAAGCUGCCCGAGUCGAACACCGUAACGGGAAUCGUUGAUAUUGGAAAGGACUCUGCCGGCGGACUCGGCCUGGCUGUCGAGCUCCGUGUCAGCGCGCCCGGCCUGGACACGGCUACCACCCAGAAGGUCGUUGACUUGGCACACACGAUCUGCCCCUAUAGCCGCGCGACCAGCGGCAAUAUCGACGUCAAGCUGACCGUUGUCUAAUCCGCCUAGCCUAACAAUUUUUCUUGUUGACUUGUGCAAGCGAAUAAAAUGAAUGCAUUGUUGUUAUUAAA